UUAUUCUGAAAUAUUUGCGUCCACGUGACCGGAAGUGAGUGCUGUUAUGGAGUAGUUUGUCUUAUGCUCAUAUAUCCAGUUAGUUUCAGUUGGAUGCGGCGGUUUUUUGGUUAUUAUUUAUGUCUAAAGGUUCUUAUGACGAGUGUGUAAAUACUCACAUGUUCUCCUGGUCCAGGUGUCAAUGGUCAAAGUCCUUCAUCCUCUUCCUCAGACUGUACAUGUGAACACCAUUUUCUGACAAAAACAAUGGCAUUUAGGAGAGACCGGAGUAUCCGCGACAUGUACGAGCAGCGCUUCAACCUCGGCAGAGCUGCCCCAUACCCAAGUGGAGGAGGAGCCGGUGGGGAAAGGAGAGCUUUUGGACGACCUGAUGAUGAUCAUUUUCGAAACUUUGACUACGACUCUCCUCGCUUUUACCCAAACGGGGGUCCCAGAAACUACCACAAUGAUGAGAAGAAGGGCUACCCUAGUGACAGCCACUACUCUUUCUCUAACGAAUCCAGAGGAGGCCCAGCUAAUCGGAGGGAUGACUACUCUUACUACAGAGGAGCCAAAGAUGACGCUCAUUCUGGACGCCAGGUGGACUUCAGAGGCCGCAGUCGAGUUGUCUCCUCGCCCAAUGCUCGUGUCCAGGGCUCGCACCCUGCUCCCAGAACCCUCUCAACACUGGGCCCCAACUCAGGAGACGACACAUUAAUCCAGGCCAUUAUGAACUUGGACCGAGGGGAGGAGAGGGAAGGUCUGCGACGUAAAGCACCCUUUCCUCCAGUCCACGACUGUUCCCCUACUCGACAGGACGUGUCUCCUUCCCAUCAUAGCCGCUCUGGUUCCAGCAUUAGCAGCCGAAGCUACUCUCCAGAUCGGGGCAAGACCCACAUGUACCAGCCUCCUCUGGGAAAAAGCAGGGAAAGAGCCCCAGGGCCAUCUGUCAGCGUAUCCCGAGAUGGAUCACCACAUAGUUCUGUGUCAGCCUCUAAAGAAGACAUGCCAGUAACAGAACGUCAACCAGAUGAAACUCUGGUCCCUGCAGAUGAAGCCACUGCAGUUGCAGAUGACUUCCACGAACGGCGAUCUCAAGCUAUUGCAGCCAAAGCCAGAGAGAUCGAGAAGGUGUACCGCCAGGACUGUGAGACAUUUGGUAUGGUGGUGAAGAUGCUUGUGGCCAAGGACCCUAGUCUGGAGAAAAACCUACAGAACCCUCUGAAAGAAAACCUCAGUGAGAUUCGUGAGCGAUGUCUUGAGGAUCUGCGACACUUUAUCUCAGAACUGGACGAGGUAGUUCGUCAACCAGAACCCACCGUCUGAAGUGCCAGCAUCAGAGAGAAAACCUUCAUAGCUUUUUGAGUGCACUACUUCAUGGUUUCCAGAUAAUAUUUUGGAACAUUAUUUUUCAGUUAUAUUUAGUGUGGUGCGCCGUACUAGUCCAUCUUAAAGGAUGAAGUGACCAGUCAUUACUAUUGUACAUAAAUACUAAUUGUAUUCAUACAGUAUUCAUUCAUAAAAAAAAUAAUUUAUGAUGUUUUCAACCAUAACUGUUUAAUUCUUUUUUCAGUACCAUGCAUGAAUAAUAAAGAAAAAAAGAACCUGUGGAUUAUUAUUAUUAGGCAUUGGUCUUUUUUUUGGACAUUUUUGUUCUUGGAGAUUUUCAGUAUAAUGUCUAUCUCUGUAAAUCAAUAAAGGUGCCACAUUCUA